AUGGAAAGCUCGGAUUCCGAAGAUGAAGGAGACGGAGCGGAGAACCUCCGCGAAAGUCAGGAGGACCGACUAGCUCGGGAAGAAGGUUUCUACCGAUUUGUAAAUAAUCUGAGUGAAGACGACUAUAAAUUUAUGAGAGAUAACAGACUGCUAGGCAUCCCGGGAGAAUGUACAGAAGAAGAAUUGCGUAGAAGACUUCAACUACUUAAAGAGAUCUCACCCCAACACUCAGAUGAAAAUACAGGUGGAAGAAACUCUUCAGAUAAUGUGUCUAGUGGUCACUCUGUAACAGACUGGCUUAACUCUGUUAGACAAAAUGAAAACAUGACAGGUGAACAAAGAGAAAACCAAUCUUGGGGAGAAAUGAACCAGAUUAAUCCAAACAGUGAAGAUAUCAGAUUAAAUUUAGAAAGUCAUAUUGACUAUAAUAAUGAGAGCCCAGAUAGGACCUAUGAAAUAGAAGAUACAGAACACAGCCAGAGCCAACUGGAAAAUUCACCUUCCGAAUCACUGUUUACAAGAUCAUCUGUAUGGGAACAAAGCACAGCUGAAGCAUCCGUGGAAGUCCCACGUUCCAGAGGUUUGAGAAGGCCAAGAAGCAGAAGCCCAAACCGAAGAAGAAUGAGACCUAGAAUUGCAAGCAGGUCACCUCCAAAUAUACUGACUGGAAUUGUACUUGACGGAUUCCCUCACUAUCUAAGACCCUGGAGUCUACGUAACGUCUCAAGAAGUGAAACUCAAACAUCAUCUACAACUCAGCACCAAGAAACAUCAAGACCUGAGUUGCAAAACACGAGUCCUUCUGCAACCUCUGAGAUGGGAAACCUCAUUCAAGAAGAAUAUUCUUCAGAGACAUUCAGCAUUGGUGAGUCUUGGGGAUCGGGGCAGAUGAAUACAGCUAUAGAUUUUGAUCCAGAGGAAGGAAUAGUUCAAUCUAGAGAAAUUUAUCAGGAAGACAUCAUAGCUAGUAGAUCUCAGUUAACAUCUGAGAGCCCAGACAAUGCUGAGUCAUUAGAAAAUGAAAAAGGAGGACUUAGUCCUACAUUCACACAUUUUGAGCAGGAUAACACCAUAGAUUAUGACAGUACCAACAGACUUUCCUUUCACAGACUUUUAAGUUCCUUUUGCAGUGACACAACAUCUGUAAUUCACGAAACAUCAGGGCAAACGAUGACUGGUUUUAGUGAUUCCAGUAACCUUACAGAAAAUGACAGUAAUUUGGAGCCUAACAUCUCACCACCAACUCUAAACACUGAAAGGACAGAGUCACCAAAUGGAAGAGAUGGUUCUGGAAAUAGUAGUAGUUCUGGUAUCAAUGUAAUUCCUGAAUAUUAUUUUCAAUCAAGUUCUCCAGUAAUUUCUAAUUCGAGUUCCAUCUACGUAUCUAGUUCCAAUUCUACUCCUAUGUCCAGUUCCAGCUCCAGUGAUAACGUUUCAGAAAUCAGUUCACUGCUGUUUGAAGCCAGUGAUGAAAGGAGCAUAGCAGGAUUAUCAGAGAACACAGGAUUAUCAGGGAAUAGACCUAUGACCCCAGUAAUGUUUGACGAGAGUGACUCUUGGACCUCCCUUAGUCUGGAUCAGUUUUUCCUCUUAGAAGAUGAGCAUCAUUCUACAGGACUCACCAAAGCACAAAUUGACAACUUGGCUGUAAGAUCAUUUGGUGAAAAUGAUGCAUUGAAAUCCUGUACCAUCUGCAUCACAGAAUUCACCGAAGGCAACAGGAUUCGCGUGCUACCGUGCCACCAUGAAUUUCACAUACACUGCGUCGAUCGCUGGCUGUCGGAGAACACUACCUGUCCUAUUUGCCGCGGAGAAGUAGUAGAUCCUGCUGAGAGAGAAAAUUCUAACUGA